AUGCACGCAGGAACGCAGACGCUCAUCCAGGCUUUGCAAGCGAUGCCAUGGGCGGAAGAACAAGACGAAGAUGACUGUGCGACACAAGGAAAUACGCCCGCGGACUCGUCGAGCGAUGAGGAUGACCGUGGCAGCAAUCGACUUGCUUCGUCCAUCCACACGAUAUACCGACCCCUUGCACGCUCCAGACGGAACGUAUUAGCAUCUCUGUAUUCGCGCGCACGGAGUCCCGGGCUGCCGAAGGUACCUGAUCAGGAUGAGACGCCGCGUACGGAGGAACCCUCGAUGUCAGAAGAAGAACUCGAGGACGACUUUGAGCGAGGCGGGCCGCGUGACAGUCCGCGCACGUUGUCAGAUGAGGAGCACGAAUUGGAUGGGUCUGGCAGUGAGGGACAUAGGAAGGAGCCGAGCAGUCCGGGGAGCAUGGCGACUGUGAAGUUGCAACGCCGUGCGAAGCUGGCGGGGAAGUUGAGGGAGGUGUUUGAGCUUAGCGGGAUUCAUGAAGUUAUCGCAGAGAUGCCGUGCUGGCUACUCAGGUCAAUCUUGCUCCAGGGAUAUAUGUAUCUGACAGAUUCAUACCUGUGCUUUUUUGCCCAUAUGCCCUCACGGGAGGAUCAAGUCCUAAAGUCAGGAUCCCUGAUGAAGAAGGCGCAGCGCACUAAGCGCCGGAUCAGACAUUGGUUCAUUCUCAAGAAUGACGCCCUUUCAUGGUAUCAAUCACCAUCUGAUCCAUACUUUCCGCAUGGAAUAGUAGACUUGCGUUAUGCGAUUAGCUGCGAACCACUGCAUGAGAAGGACAUUCGCCUCAGGACGAAUCAGAAAGCCAUAAGGCUGUCCGCGGAUUCUACGCCUAGCCGAGACGAGUGGGUGAAGGCCAUCAAGAGGGUUAUGUUCAAGGCCCAGAACAUGGGGGAUAUCUUUAAGAUUGCAAUUCCAUAUUCUGCUAUCCUUGAGGUCGAGAAGUCGUCGGCGAUGGAUUUUAGCGAGACCAUAGAAGUCAAAGUCGUUGAUAAGAAUGACCAGGGGUCUAUAGAUUCCUACUUCUUUGCAUACUUCCGUGAUCUUCCAGCCGCGCUCGCUCAGAUACGCGAUGCCGUGCGCGCAUACCGAGCGAUGCCGCAAGCUGCGACGCCUCCUGCAGUGAUAGAUACAACUACAGCACGACCACCCAAUUCUCCGCCUUCCGCUCUGCGUACCCAGAGUCUGCCUGUCCUUGGUCAGACGUCCAAAGCGUCUUCAGGUUCACGGUUAACAUCGCUCCUGCGACCUCUACAAGAGAAUGCGCCUCUCGUCCGACCCGCCCAUUCUCCUGAACGUGAUGACAAUGAAGACUUCACGCAUGUCGCUAAGAGGGGUUCGACAAAUAUCAUGGCCAUUACCACGUCGCCGAAAUCUUCGACAUACUCGGAUGCGGGGAUGUCACAUAGUCCCGAGAGCCCUCCUGCUCCUUCCUCAUCCAGCCAGCUAGUGGCAUCCCACCAUACCUAUCCUCCGUCACCAUCACCAUCUCCUUCAAUGUCUGAACUCACCGCGACUCCCACAAGAGACACCAGCCUGAUCCCUUGGGGUGUUGGUAUGCCCUCUUGGCUUAGAAUGCCAUCUAUGCCUUCUCGAAGAACUCUCAGCAAUCCGUUUGGAGGCGCCAGGAGCGGUUCCGAGCAGCCUGGUCCAGCAUCGGGCAGGAGCGGCGGCGAAGGCGUGUCAGAAGUACUCUCCCCAAAUACCGGCUCGGGAAGCAGGAUGACCACAAGCGGAUCCAGCGAUUUCGGAUACUUUAGCGUUUUGGACACACCGGAAACUAUACUUGAGCAGGACACGGUGGAUAAGUUUCACACUGCGUUCGCCUUUGAUGAGCGAGAGAAGCUCUUGGGAGUCUUCUCUGGGUAUAUCUACAGGAUGCUGCCGGUGUACGGCCGCCUGUACGUCUCGACAAACUUCUUCUGCUUCAAGUCCAGUGGCCCCCUAAGUUCGCGAACGAAGAUGAUCUUGCCGAUUCGAGACGUCCUCUCCACGGAGAACUCCAAAGCAUUUCACUUUGCACAUCAGGGCCUCGUAAUCGUCAUCAGAGGUUACGAGGAGCUUUUCUUCGAAUUCGCAGAUGAAGAACGUAGAGCUGCCUUCGUGCACAUAUUGGAGCGCCAAAUGGAAGAUGUUCGUCGUCGUGUCGAGUCUGGUGACCAACAUUGCCAGAGCCUGGGGCAGCAUGAUGCUCUAAUUCUAGAAGAAGCGGGUCCGCAAACAUCACCCGACGGAGAGAUGGAGCAGAAGGUCGAGCACGAUGCCUCAAUGUCAGGCUCACUUCCUGCUGUCAUGUUUAACUCGAUGUCUUCGACUUUCCUGACUUUCAAGCCGAAGGAGCCUUUGCACUUCACGUUUCUUACGGUUGGCUCUCGGGGUGACGUUCAGCCAUACAUUGCAUUGGCGAAGGGACUCAUGAAGGAUGGCCACCGCGUACGCAUCGCGACUCAUGGAGAGUUCAAGGAGUGGAUUGAGGCUCAUGGCAUUGAGUUCGGAUACGUCGGCGGCGAUCCUGCGGAGCUGAUGCGGAUUUGUGUCGAUAACGGCACUUUCACAGUUUCAUUCUUGAAGGAAGGCAUGCUCAAGUUCCGUGGAUGGAUAGAUGACUUGCUCAAGACCUCUUGGGAGGCUUGUCAAGGCACGGAUGUCCUGAUUGAGAGUCCGAGUGCAAUGGCUGGCUACCAUAUCGCGGAAGCACUCAAGAUCCCGUACUUUAGGGCUUUCACUAUGACAUGGUCCCGCACAAGAGCUUAUCCUCAUGCCUUUGCGGUUCCGGAACACAAGAUGGGAGGAAACUACAACUACAUGUCAUAUGUACUAUUCGAUCAGGUGUUCUGGCGAGCAACUGCAGGUCAGAUCAAUCGCUGGAGAAAAAACACCUUAGGCCUUGGCAGCACGAGUCUAGAUAGGAUGGAGCCUCAUAAGAUACCAUUCUUGUAUAAUUUCAGCCCUGUGGUCGUCCCUCCUCCUCUGGACUGGCCUGAGUGGAUACAUGUUACGGGUUAUUGGUUCCUGGAUGAUGCUGAUGUCAGCUCAAAGAAGUGGACACCCCCAGCUAGUCUCCUUGAAUUCAUCGACUCUGCGCGGAAAGCGAAGAAGAAGGUCGUUUACAUUGGGUUUGGCAGCAUCGUGGUGUCAGAUCCGAAGGCAAUCACGCAUUGCGUCAUCAGUGCGAUUGUGCGCAGUGGCGUGUAUGCUAUUCUGUCGAAGGGGUGGUCAGAUCGACUGAUCAAGAAUGUCGCCGAGGCGUCCGACCCAGAAGAGCCUCUUCCCAAGCAGAUCUACCCUAUAGCAUCCGUGCCGCAUGACUGGUUGUUUAAGCGUGUCGACGCUGCCUGCCAUCAUGGCGGCGCAGGUACAACAGGUGCUUCCUUGCGAGCUGGUAUCCCCACAAUCAUAAAGCCAUUCUUUGGCGACCAGUUCUUCUGGGCAGAUCGCGUCGAGGCGCUGGGAAUUGGUGCUGCUGUUCGCAAGCUGACCGUGGAGCAUCUCACCCAGGCGUUGAUCAAUGCGACUACUGAUCAGAGGCAGAUUGAUCGUGCCCGAACGGUGGGCGAACAGAUACGCGCUGAGGAUGGUGUUGGAACUGCCAUAGAGGCAAUCUAUCGAGACAUGGAGUACGCUCGGUCCCUCAUCAAGGGCUCUCCUGCUGAUGACCCGCAAGAUGUGGAGGUUGAUGCCGAGCAUGCUACUAUCCGUGACUACCCUCACGCAAUGUCUCCUACACGUUCUGGCGGUACCCGCUCGGGAGGCAGUUCUGCCAGCUCAGCUCAUGGGGCUACCAGCGACUGGAGCGUUAUUUCCGAACAGGAGCGAGAUUGA